CAGCGCCAUCAUGAACCUGUUCCGGAUCCUGGGGGAUGUUUCCCACCUCCUAGCCAUGAUCCUCUUACUGGUCAAAAUCUGGAGAUCCAAGUCCUGUCGAGGAAUCUCCGGAAAGAGCCAGGCCCUGUUUGCUCUUGUCUUUACAACUCGAUACUUAGACCUGUUCACCAACUUUAUCUCCCUCUACAACACAGUGAUGAAGGUGAUCUUCCUGCUGUGUUCCUAUGUCACCGUAUACAUGAUUUACUGGAAAUUUUGGAAAUCGUUUGACAGUGAGAAUGACACGUUCCGCCUAGAGUUUCUCUUGGUCCCAGUUACUGGUCUCUCCUUCCUUGAGAAUUACAGUUUCACCCCGCUGGAGAUCCUCUGGACCUUCUCUAUCUACCUGGAGUCUGUGGCAAUCCUGCCCCAGCUUUUCAUGAUCAGCAAGACCGGGGAGGCAGAGACCAUCACCACUCACUACCUUUUCUUUCUGGGGCUUUAUCGAGCUCUUUAUCUGGCCAACUGGAUCUGGCGGUACCACACGGAAAAUUUCUAUGACCAGAUUGCGGUGGUGUCCGGGGUGGUACAAACCAUCUUCUACUGUGACUUCUUCUACCUGUAUGUGACCAAAGUACUUAAAGGAAAGAAGUUAAGUCUCCCAAUGCCCGUUUGAAGACCCAACUGAGAAGUUACACAACACCCCCAGGCACCCAUGGACCUCUUUCAGAAGUGCUCUUCCCAGCUUGCUGACCACCAGCUCCUGCAGUUACUGUGGUGCUCUUUUGAACAAAAGGAGUUCCAGGGAGGAAUGGAGAGAAGACUUCCUUUUCCCUCCCUGAGAUGUGCAUCUAGCACUUUACAAAUGAAGGGUGGGACAAUCCCUGGGGUUGCAGUGUGUGACCCUGUAGCGAGCAUCCCUCGAGCCAGGACUGCCAUCGUUCUCCCAGGUCAUCCAAGCAGAUUCUAACCUCCUUGGGGAGGCUGCACCAAAAGAAGUUAAACUAAGUCUUCCUAUAUUAAGAUACACAUACUUCAGUCUUUGUCAAAUUAGCAGUAAAAUGUGAAAAUUGGUGACCUAGAAUUGUUAAAUAUUGUUAUUCCCCUUAAAAUAUAAGCUUUAUAUACAUCUUGAGGGGAAAAUGCACCUCCCUGGGUCUUUGCAUAUUAGUCCCUUCAAAGUUCUAGGACACUGACCAAGGUUACAGAGAGGUGCAAACCACUGUAGUUCAAUUAUUCACUGGACUUCUGCUAAAAAGAGAAUUUUUGGGAAUGAAAAAGUGGCACUUU